AUGCCAUUUGUCACUGAAGAAUUGUGGCAGCGACUUCCUGCACCACAACACUAUCCAAGGGAAAAGUGUAUCAUGAUAUGCAAAUACCCGUCACUUGUGGAGUGCUGGACAAAUGAAAGGGUAGAAUAUGAGAUGGGUAUGGUUGAGUCUACAGUCAGAUCAAUCAAAGCGAACCUACCUGCAAAAGAAAGAAAUGAAAGGCGAGCAAGUUUUGCAGUUUCUCGAACUGAUCAGAUUGUGGACCUUCUCAGACGCCAUGAGAUGGAAGUCUCCACCUUAGCCAACCUAUCAUCAUUUACAGUUUUCAUGACUUUAAACAAGACAAUGAGUGCUAAGGGGUAUGAAGAGAAUUUAAACAAGACAAUGAGUGCUAAGGGGUAUGAAGAGAAGGUUCCAGCCCAUGUAAAAGAAGAAAAUGUGUCGAAAUUGGCGACACUCAUGCAACAACUUUUGUCCAUCGAGGAAGCUGCUCAACACUUCGAACGUGAAGCCGCAGCAAAAGCUUCAGCUUUACAAGACUAA